GGAUGAUCUGGAUGAGGACAGCGACUUGUAGAUCGGUGCCAAUUAUGGAGCGGGCCGUGGCUGUGGCAGAAUACGGCCAACGAGAUGAAACGAUCUUUUGGUCCUUUCACGAGGAGCAGUAUAUUUUUCUUCUUGAUUCAACUUUUUAUUCAGACGCGAAGCGUAGUAAUCUCUUUUCCAACUCCAAGAACUCUUUGACUGUGUAUUUCUUUCUGGAGCAAGUUCUUUCAUUACAACGGGGGCACUUCCUGCUUAAAAGUAGUGACGCAGUGCAUAAGCCUAGCUUUGACGGUCAUGGUCAAAUGUUUUGAGAUCGUGCAGAUGAGCACACACUUCUACGGUGGUUACGAAUGGCUUUAUCAGAUGGAGCACGCACAUGCCAUGAACACACACAUCACGCAUCAACGGCAAGAUGACACAGCGAUCCACCCUCAUACCCUCUUUUUAUUUCUGCUAGCAGGCAUGGACAUCAUGCAACAACUCUUGUAUAUCGUACUAUGGAUGAGGAUGCCGAUGCCAACUAAAAAGCUGAGGAGACUGAAUUUUUUUGACACCAAGAUACACGUGUUUGGGCAGGGAUUGCCUGCUCGGGUUUCUCUUCUUGUUGGAGACAGACAGUGAGAGUGUGGGUGUACUGUGCUGCGUCAUAAUUCGCCAGGAAAGAAGACAGACGCAAAGAAAAGAGAGAACGAAGCAUCACAACGAGAACGUCUGGAAUUACCUUCAUCUUGACGACGCUUUAUCGGUUAUGAAGAGUGAGAAACAGAAGGUCGCAACUAGAGAUGAGAGUGACGAACG